AUGCUUCCAGAGUUCAUGGCGGUUCAAAUCCAACUCACCAGCAACUUGAUUUUCUCAGCAUCUUCGCCUGCGCCCCAACCUGAUCCUCAAAAGUCUCAGACUAUGGAAAUGGAUUCAAUGUUAGCUGAAAUUGAUGCAAU